UAACCGCCUCAAAUAUAUCUUUAACCUAGAGAAAUCGAGAAAGUGCUCACAGGGACCAGGGUUUCCUUAUACUUUAGACUUUUUAUUCACAAUUUUUCCUAAAAACAAAAACAUAUAUAGGGUAAUAUAUUAACCAGCGGAAAGUUGCAGUUAGAAGACUGGUUGUUUCCGUUUUGACAGAGUGUUUUCAACAGCAGUAGCCUGAAAUUUGGUGUUGAUCCAAGCGAAAAUCCAGGUUUGUGUCUCUCAAAAUAAUUACCAAUCGUGCCACGGAUUCUCAGUGCGGUUGAGAUUCAUUCUGAAAAUUUUUGGAUUCGGGAGUUUGGGACUCUCGUUUUUUAUUCGAAUCGGUGAAGAAAUGGCAUUAGGAAGGAGACAUGGAUCACAGAUGAAGGGUGGUGAUGAAGAAUUAGGGUUAGGGUUUGCUCCAGUCACGCGGUCAUUGAGUAGAAAGAGAAUUCUGGUUUCGAGUAACACAGAAUCUUCAUCUCCGAGUUCUGUUCUCAGGACUCCAUUGAAGAGGAGAUGCGGCGAAAUGGUGGAGGAGAAAGCAGAAAAGUCGAUGCUCGAAGCUAUGCCUCAGGAUAUUUUGAUUAGGAUAUUGUGUGGUGUGGAUCAUGAUGAUUUAAAGCAGCUUUUCCAUGUAUCAAACACAAUCAGAGACGCAACUUUGAUAGCAAAGAAGUCGCAUUUCGCAUAUAGUACUCCUUCAAAGGUACAAACUUUUCGAAGCCCCCUCGAUCCAGAAGAAUCCAGUGGUUUCGAUGACCUUCAAACCCCAGAUGCACCUAAGCAGUCGAGGCAUUUUAGGUCUCGACUGAGGGGAAGAAAGUUAUCCGGCAUCGCGAUAGCGCUGUUCUCAUCAGAUGAAGAGUGAGUGCUGAACAGAGACACGAGGGCUGUGUAAAUGAAUUGUUGUAUGAUAGGAUGUGAUGUGGGUAUCACGUCUUCAUUUUGCUUGUACAUGUCAACAAAUCUUUACUACUCAUCCCGUCUUCAACCAUUGCAUUGAAGUUGGGUUGCCUUGUUUUCAUCUGUAAGUAAAUGUAUUCCAGAGAUAUUCUGUUGAAGAGCAACUUCUCUGGCUCUUCUCUUUUGAUAAAGUUCGUGUGCAAUCCAUUAUUGCAUACCAUUUUUGUAUAUAAAAAUGAACCUUCCAAUCA